GUGAGCUUAAGACGUCUCGAAAUAAUCAUCCCGGAAUUUAUUUUAAAAUUUUGUUGAAUUAAAUUCUGAAAAAAAAAAUAAAAAAUUAAAUUAAAAAAAAAAUGUGAAAAAAAAAUUAAAUUUAAAAAAUUAAGAAAUCUAUCAAUAAAAUAAUAAAAAAAAAGUUUUUAUGACGUGAAGCAAAAAAAAAAAUAAUAAAAUUAAUAAAAAUGAGCAAAAAGUGAUAAGGAAACAUGUAGAAAGAAAUUUGAUUCACAAAGAAGAGAGAAUUCUUUCUUGAAAUCAAACACAAAAUAAUGAUAAUUAUAAUUAAAAACACGCGAAUAAAUUGAUUUGAGCACUCUAUUGAUGCGGAAAAAAGUGACAAUCCAAUUAAAAAAGUUAAAAACGAUCAAAAAAUGAGGAAAACGAUAUUCUUCUGUAGCUUCGUGCAAAUUAGUCUUUCCCUUGCCAUAGUUAAGGAUAUUUCAUCGUCAUCGCCCACAACAAAAAAUAAUGAAAAUCAUCAUUAUCAUCAAAGAAGUUUCAGUCCGAAGAAGUAUCAUUACACGAUUGAUGAGUUACUUAACACGACUUUUCCCACAAGAAUAUCGGAUGAUAUAGAUCUGGACCCAUGUAAAUCAGUUGGGUAUGGAGCGAUGGGCGAUAUUGCGUUGCCCGAUACAGUUUACGAGAACGAAUGGCGAGCACAACGCUUGAACAAGACUUUUCAGCAGGAAAUCGAGCGUUUGAAGCAAGAAGUGUAUUUGGAAGGACUUCAAGUCGAAGAGGAAGGAUUAACGGAUAUCAUUCGGAAGAAGACAAAAGUUGUGAUACCCGAAGUUUUGACGACGACACAAGCAAGUCGGAAGUUGAAUGAUCCUGUUGUGGAAACUUCCGACAGUCAAUUGAAAAACAUCAAAUCCGUAAAAGAACUGCCAACAAUCCAACAACUUGCCAAAUCCUCCGAAGAUGGAUCUCGCGAAGGCCCAAAUCUCCAAAUAAACGCUACAAUUAUCGACAACAACGAGAACAUCAUCCUAAAUUUGAGUGAAAUUUCGCGCCCAAUUACCGAACCAACCGUUUCUUCAACUACCAUUGACGCCACGAAGCAUGUUCGCAACAUCACGGAACUCAUUCGUGACAUUGACAAGAACAAAAUUCAAUCUGACACGCAAGAUAUCACUGACGAUUCGGGCGAUAACAUCGUUAGCAGCAAUAAUGUAGCAAAAAAACCCUCAAUUACAAUCACAACAACGCCCGCGACGCCAACUAUCCGUUCAACGCAAGCAAAUAUCUUCAGCAAUGCGGGAGGAAAUGGCAUGGGAACGUAUGAAAACAUCGAAAUCCUCAACGGAGACGGAAGUAUUCGAAAAAGACAUCGUCGUCGUCGAACCGGAAGAGGAAGACGAACGUUUGACGAGAAGCAAUCUUACGAAAGUCGCAUGAAACGCUUGAAAUCAGAGCUGGAACACACAAGUCGUCCCAUUGAAGACUCAAAAUUCGCGAAAAUUCACAAAUCUGGGGAUGGCAUGAAAGGAACUCCGCUCGGAUGGAGCGAAAAUUUGUCAAAAAAGAAAUGGACUCUUGAAAAUGUCGAAGAACCUCCUCCGAAUUUUGGCAAAUCGCAAGAUGAAAUUCGAAAAAUUGAACAAAUGCAUCAUCAUGCACGCGUUACGAGAGCAGCAACUGCGAAAAAAGAGCGAGUUUGGGACUUUGGAGUCAUUCCUUACGAGAUUGAUGGCAAUUUUAGCGGCGGGCAUAAAGCUUUAUUCAAACAAGCGAUGCGUCAUUGGGAGAAUUUCACAUGUAUCAAGUUCGUCGAAAGGAAUCCCGUCGAUCAUCCGAAUUAUAUUGUCUUCACGGAACGCCCCUGCGGAUGUUGUUCGUUCGUUGGAAAGCGCGGAAAUGGUCCUCAAGCGAUUUCAAUUGGAAAAAAUUGCGACAAAUUCGGGAUUGUUGUUCACGAAUUGGGUCACGUGGUUGGAUUUUGGCACGAACAUACGAGACCCGACAGAGAAAAUCACGUCGUUAUCGAGAAAAAUAACAUCAUGCAAGGACAGGAAUACAAUUUUAACAAAUUAACGGAAGACGAAGUCAAUUCACUCGGUUUGCCCUACGAUUAUGACUCGAUAAUGCAUUAUGCGCGAAACACUUUUUCCAAAGGCACCUAUUUGGACACCAUUUUGCCGGUUGAGAUGCCCGGAAGGAAGAGACCGGAAAUUGGGCAGAGAAUACGUUUGAGUGAGGGAGACAUCGCACAAGCGAAUCUUUUAUACAAAUGUCACAAAUGCGGCAGAACGUUUCAAGAUAACGCCGGAUCAUUUACUUCGCCCAAUUAUUAUGCGAGUGUGGCGUCAACUGAACCCGAAAAAUGCGAAUGGCGCAUAACAGCAACGCAUGGCGAACGAAUUGUGCUUAAUAUCACGGAUUUGCACAUUUUCAAGUCGAAUAAUUGUCGAACAGACUAUUUGGAGAUACGAGAUGGAUAUUGGCACAAGUCUCCGGUUCUUGGGAGAUUUUGCGGGAGCGGAAAAGUAAAUAAUUUGAUCAGAAGUUCGGGAAGUCGAAUGUUGCUGACGUACAUUAACAAUAAUAGGAUGGGAAGUGCUCGAGGAUUUGCAGCUCAUUAUGAAGCUGUUUGUGGCGGCGAAGUUAACGUAACAGGCGACGGCGAAUAUCGUCUCGAAUCUCCCAACUACCCCUUGGAUUAUCUCCCAAGCAAGGAAUGCAUUUGGAAAAUUACCGUUCCUCAAGACUACCAAGUUGCUUUGAAAUUUCAAUCGUUCGAAGUUGAAAAUCACGACACCUGCAUUUACGACUAUGUCGAAAUUCGUGAUGGAGAUUCGGCUGAUUCUCGUCUCAUCGGCGUAUUUUGCGGAUAUAAAAUCCCUCCCGACAUCCGAUCGACUUCAAAUAAGCUUUUUGUGAAAUUCUUGUCUGACACUUCCGUGCAAAAAGGAGGCUUUUCCGCGACUUUUAUGAAGGAAGUUGACGAAUGCGAACAAGCGAAUCACGGAUGCGAACAUGAAUGCAUCAACACUCUCGGGGGCUAUGAAUGCGCUUGUUACAUCGGAUACGAGUUGCAUAGCGAUAAAAAAUCUUGCGAAAAUGCAUGCGGAGGCGUGAUGAAAUCGCCGAACGGGACAAUUUUGUCGCCUUCGUUCCCAAAAGAAUAUCCAAUACUGAAGGAAUGCGUUUGGGAAAUCAUCGCCGAGCCAAAUCACAAAAUAACUUUGAAUUUUACGCAUUUCGAUCUCGAAGGAAAUUCGUUUUAUAACUCUGCUGAUUGUGAAUAUGACUCGGUUUCGGUCUUUUCGAAGUUUGACGAGGACAAUUUGAAGCGUCAUGGAGUUUAUUGUGGACAACGACAAGUUCCGUUGAUAACUUCGAUCUCAAAUGCGCUGAGAAUUGAGUUUCGUUCGGAUAAAACGGUGCAAAAAACGGGAUUUGCCGCUGUUUACUUCACAGAUGUUGAUGAAUGUGCCGUGAAUAAUGGAGGAUGUCAACACGAAUGUCGAAAUACAAUCGGAUCGUAUACUUGUAGUUGUCAAAGUGGCUUUACGUUGCACGAAAAUGGGCAUGAUUGCAAGGAAGGAGGAUGCAAAUAUGAGAAGUGUUCAACUUCUGAGGAAUCUUGCUAUUUUCAGGUUACAUCUCCAACGGGAACGAUCCUAAGUCCAAAUUAUCCGGAGUAUUAUCCAACGAAGAAGACUUGCAUUUGGCAUUUUACAACGACGCCGGGUCAUAGAAUCAAGUUAAACUUUAACGUGUUUGAUGUUGAAUCGCAUCAGGAAUGUGCUUACGAUUACGUCGACGUUUUCGAUGGAAAUUCCGACAAUGCCUUAUCGCUUGGAAACUUUUGCGGUUCAAAAUUACCUCCGUCACUUUCUUCGACAUCGAACGAGAUGUACAUGAUGUUUGUCUCCGAUCAAAGUGUGCAACGAAGCGGAUUUGUAGCUACACAUUCAACAGCUUGCGGCGGGCAUUUGCGUGCUACCGAUACUGUAAAGCAUUUUUACUCGCAUGCCAAAUACGGAGACAGCAUGUACGACAAUCGCGUGGAUUGUGAAUGGAUUAUCGAAGCUGAGCCGAAUCGAAAUGUGCAAUUGACAUUCUUAACGUUCGAAAUUGAGGAGGAAAAAGCCUGCAGUUAUGAUUAUGUAGAAAUUUACAAUUCGUAUGACGAUAGCAGUGGACCGUUACAGGGAAGAUAUUGCGGAGCAAAUAAACCAAUGGAAAUAAUCUCAAACCACGAAGCAUUCCUCGUGCGUUUCCGUACCGACGAUUCGAUGGGUUUCAAAGGCUUUUCCGCAGCAUACGUUGCUGUUGAAGCUCUCGAUGGUUUCGAUGACAACAUGAAUUCCGACAGUGUUGAAGUUACGCCCUUCCCCGGAUCUCUGAGACGUACGCAUUACAACAGCGAAGACAUUGACGAAGACGAUGAGGAUUUUGAUCCGCCUUCCAAACCAGAAGAUGACGACGACAAGAAAAAUGCCAUCAAAAAUAAUGGAAUUCCCUCGAGUGAAGCCAUCGAUUAACUUUAUUUUCCUAAUUUUUAACGAUUAUUAUUAACUUUUAUGUCUACAACCAAAGAAAUUAUGCCAAAAAAAGAAACUUUUGCAGCCGUAUCGGCUGUUUAUUA